AUGGAGCGUCCCCAGAUUCUCGGCCUCCUGGCCCUCGCACUCUCAGUCAACAGGGUCGAAGCGUGGUGGGGCGCCGGAGCCCCCGAGUGCGCGCAACCCUGUCUCUCUUCAGCUUGGUCAGCCACGAGCACAACCGCCUGGCCCGCUCCAACAGAUUGGUGCGACUCCUCCAAAAACUCCGACAUAAAAUCUCGAAUCGACGCCGCCUCCUCCUGUCUGGUCAGCGCCUGCUCCGCCACGCCAACCGCCCACUCCUCUUACUCGUCUCUUUCCUCCUCUCUCUGCGCCCAAUAUUCUUCUUGCUCUUCCGCCGGCUCUACGGGCGUUUAUACCGUUUCCCUCCCUGCCUUCACUGGAGCUUGGGACGGCGGCCACGGUGGCGGUCCCGGUGGAGGAUGGGGAGGACACGGCGGCCAAGGAUGGACACAAACAGGAACAGGAAAAUGGGGUCCCCACGCCGGCUGGGCGGGAACAGCCACCUGGACUGGAGGCGUGUAUACCGUCACAGGAUGCGAAUGGGACGGAUCACCAUGGGCCGGCGGGCCGUGGGGCUUCGGUCACGGGGGCGGACCUGGCCAUGGUUCCAAUGGUGACUACGGCAACGGCCAACCCAACGGCCCUUGGGGCGCAUGGGGCUCCGGCUGGACUUUGACUAGCACCGGCACAAAGACCAUCACGGCUGUGCAGACUAUUACCAAGGAUGCGACGGGUGUGGAUGGGAGUGUCACCAAGGUUGUUGAACUCGCGACUAGUACGGGCUUGGCCACGAUUGGGUAUGCGGUUAAUGAGGAUAGCAAGGCCGAGGCGACGACGGUUUUGGAGGGUGUGGAGGCUGCUGCUAGUACUACUGGUAGUAGCAGCAAUGCGGCGAGUGGUGGUAUGGGAGAGUCGGUGGGGGUGAAGGUUGUGGCGGCUGUGUUGGGAGGUGUGGUGGUUGUUGCCGGGUUGCUUUGA